AUGGGAGAAGAUUUUGCCACAGAUCUUGACGGUUUAAUACAGCAAUUAAGACGUAUUUUUGAUGAGGAUCAAGUAGAUGUUGAUCAAGUAAUAAAAUUAUUAGGAUCUUACAAAUCCAACCCCGAAGAUUGGAUGAAAUUUACAAAAUACACAAGAAAUCUGGUUGAUAGAGGCAACGGAAAAUACAAUCUUAUGAUGUUAUGUUGGGGUGAAGGCCAAGGGAGUGGUAUUCAUGAUCAUGCAAAUAGCCACUGUUUCGUGAAAAUGUUGGAUGGAGGCUUGAAAGAAGUUAUGCUAGAAUGGCCUGAGGGAGAAAUAGAACAACCCAUGACAGUUAAAGAUGUUAAUAUAUAUAAGAAGGACCAAGUUGCCUACAUUAACGACUCGAUGGGUUUACAUCGUAUGGAAAAUGAGAGCCAUAGUAAACAUGCGGUGUCGCUUCAUCUAUAUUGCCCACCAUUUGGGGAGUGUUAUAACUUUGACGAAAGAACUGGACAUAAAAGGAAAUGUUGUGUAGUUUUUCACAGCUGCCAUGAUAAAUAG